CGCUCAUUGUGUGUGGGAUUGGGAUUAAGGGGAGAGGGAGUCGUGGGGUUACAGGUGUUGUCGAUAUCAUUGAUCGACGAGUUGGCGCCCUUCCAGUCGGGCCCCGACUAUUCAGUUGACACGUUAGACACCCGUAAGCUCUGCUCUAACCGGUCGUCUCUCCAAGAGUUAGAACUACUAAUGAAAACGAGUCCCGAGACUAGGAUUUAAUGUAAAAUUUUUUGUUAGCCAAG